GUGUUUGCUCUGGUGUCCUCCACCCGCCGCCGCUCAGCCGAGAUGGACUGAAGCCUGUCCAGCGCAUUCACGCCGGGGGAAGCGUUUCGUUCUGUGUGCGGAUAUUCGGGCCACGGAGGCGGAUACCUGGCGGCUGAUGGCGUGUCCGGAGCGGCUGGUGCUGGAGUGACAGGCGGCUUUUGGUGUAGCAUGUGAUCCGGAGCACACGCUGAGGCGUGGAAGUGAAUACGAGUCGGAGAAGAAACGUUCCACGUUUGCUUUUGACUGUGCGACCAGGAAGCUGUCGGAGGGAUGCGUGCGUAUCCGGCCAUUCAGGUCACUACCGAGUGUUCCUGCUGUCUCAGUCUGAGAUGUUGAAGUCACCUCGCAGCAUUUUAGGUGGAGCAGCAGCGGCAGCUAACGUUGGUUUCCAGGGAGGAUCAGUUCAGGCGCGGUUAGCCGAGCCAACAAUGCGGAUUCCCUCUGCUCAGCCUUUGUGUCAAUAGACGCUUGCGUGAAGUUGUGAACACUUCCAGGAUCAAUAUACGCCACAUCGACGUGUUUCCCGACAUCGGAGGAGAACAAAGCACCGGCUGGAGGAACAGAUCCCACAUGUGCACAGGUUGUUGGUGAGAUCGAGGACUCGGUGAUGGCGAACGACUCAGUACAAAGUGACCCGGGUGGACUGUCCGUGCUGGAACAGCUUGGUUUGGACCAGAACUCUGACUUCUCUGACUCCGGUGUGCAGCAGCUUCUGGACGAACAGCGUGAGAGGAUUCGCCGUGAAAUCCGUAAGGAGUUAAAAAUCAAGGAAGGGGCUGAGAACCUGCGCAGGGCGACAACUGACAAGAGGAACGUUCAACAGGUGGAGAGUCAGCUGCGGAGCUCCAACCGCAGGCUGGAGGAUCUACAUGCUCAGCUGCAAGAGCUGGACGCUUACAUCGUGGUGAAAGGAGGAGACGAGAGUAAAGAUGAGUGUCCCCAGUCUCCGGGGGCAGAGAGUCGAACCUCCGCCCACAAGGAGCGCAUCGCUGCCUUGGAGAGGCAGCUCAACAUCGAACUCAAGGUCAAACAGGGAGUUGAAAACAUGAUCCCCAUCUAUGCCAAUGGAUCCACCAAGGACAAGAAGAUGCUUCAGACUGCCCAGCAGAUGCUGCAGGACAGUAAGACCAAAAUUGACAUCAUCCGCAUGCAAAUCCGCAAAGCUGUGCAGGCUACAGAGCACAAUGACGACACGCAGGGAAACCAGGACCUGUGUGGGGUGGAGCUGCGUAUCGAGGAGCUCCGGCAUCACUAUCGAGUGGAACAUGCAGUUGCCGAGGGAGCCAAAAAUGUCCUCAGACUACUCGGAGCUAGCAAAGUCCAGGACAAGAAAGCCCUGUCUGAGGCGCAGUCUCGCUUGAGUGAGGCCUCGCAGCGUUUGGAUCUUCUUAGGGACUCUCUGGACCAGCGUCUGGCCGAACUACCGGAGGACCAUCCUAAAGCUAACGUUAUCAAAGAGGAGAUGGUCCUGUCCUCCUCACCUGCCUUUAGUUCGCGCCACGGUGCUCCCUACAUGCACAACCAGUACAGCACACUCAACAAGCCCUCGCCCCUCACUGGUACCUUACAGGUCCAGCUGCUGGGCUGCGUGGGUUUGUUGGAGAUGGUCCCUGGACGAAACAAAGGGACCGCCGUGAUGCUGCCCUGCUACAGCCCAGGAGACACCAAGUCCUUCAUGAGGGGCAGCAAAGGCCUGUACGGCCGCAGUGGCUCCGUCAGCGGGAAAACCCCGAGCAAGAUCGAGGAAUUGUCCUCUGAGGUGAGCGCUGUGCUGAAGCUGGACAACACGGUGGUGGGUCAAACAGCAUGGAAGACGGUGGGAGAACAGGCCUGGGACCAGACCUUCACUGUGGAGCUGGAGAGAUCGAGGGAGAUGGAGAUUGCCGUGUACUGGAAGGACUUUCGCUCACUCUGUGCUCUGAAGUACCUGAAGCUGGAGGAGUUUCUGGACAAUCAGAAACACAGAGUUCAGCUGGAGCUGGAGCCUCAGGGCUUGAUGCUGGCCGAGGUCACAUUCUUCAAUCCGGUGAUCGAGCGAGUCCCGCGCCUGCAGAGACAGAAAAAGGUGUUUUCUAAGCAGCAAGGAAAGGCCUUCCUCCGAGCCCGUCAGAUGAACGUAGAUAUAGGCACGUGGGUGAGGCUUCUGCGAAAUGCCAUCCCUACUGUCAACAACUCGGGAACGUACAGCCCUAAUGCACAGAGCCUUACACUCAACUCUGGGGAGAUCUCAAUGGAGAAGUUAAGUCUGGACAGCGACUCUCCGAUAAGGGGCGAUUACAAACGAGACUUGGAGAGUCACACUCCGGUGAGACAGACAGAGAGAGAGGGAGACCAGGAGAUGGGGGAGGAACGUCUGCCAGCCAUUGAACCCUCCCCCUCCCCAGACUCCACCCCCGACUGUCCAGUCCGACCCCCAUCUGUCAGCAGCAGGCAGAGGAAAGGUCCUCUGUCUCUCCAGGACUUCAGGCUUAUUGCUGUGUUGGGAAGAGGACAUUUUGGAAAGGUUUUGUUAUCUGAAUACAAGAAGUCUGGAGUGAUGUAUGCCAUCAAAGCCUUAAAGAAAGGAGAUAUCGUAGCUCGGGAUGAGGUGGAAAGCCUCAUGUGUGAGAAGCGCAUUUUUGAGAUCGUCAACCUGUCGCACCACCCGUUCCUGGUCAACUUGUUUGCGUGCUUCCAGACACCUGAACAUGUGUGCUUUGUGAUGGAGUACACAGCAGGAGGAGACCUGAUGAUGCACAUCCACACCGACGUCUUCACCGAGCCCCGAGCUGUCUUCUAUUCUGCCUGCGUAGUUCUGGGUCUUCAAUUCCUCCACGACCACAAGAUUGUGUACAGAGACCUCAAGCUGGACAACCUGCUGCUAGACACGGAUGGUUAUGUGAAAAUUGCUGACUUUGGCCUGUGUAAAGAAGGGAUGGGCUAUGGGGACAGAACCAGCACAUUCUGUGGCACGCCGGAGUUCUUGGCCCCGGAAGUGCUGACAGAUGCAUCCUACACCAGGGCCGUGGACUGGUGGGGACUGGGAGUCCUCAUCUAUGAGAUGCUGGUGGGAGAGUCUCCGUUCCCUGGUGACGAUGAAGAGGAGGUGUUCGACAGCAUUGUGAAUGAUGAAGUCCGCUACCCACGUUUCCUCUCCACUGAGGCCAUUGGCAUCAUGAGACGACUGCUACGAAGGAACCCAGAGAGACGUCUAGGCUCGGGUGAGAAAGAUGCUGAGGAGGUGAAGAAGCAGCCAUUUUUCAGGAGCAUGGACUGGGAGGCGCUGCUGCAAAGAAAGGUGCCGCCGCCGUUCAUCCCGACCAUUCGUGGCAAGGAAGAUGUCAGUAACUUUGAUGAGGAGUUCACGACGGAGCCUCCCACACUCACGCCUCCACGAGAACCCCGCGUUCUCACUCGUAAAGACCAGGACAGUUUCAGAGACUUUGACUAUGUCUCUGACCUGUGCUAGUGUGCCCGUUUGCUGACAGACCACUGAGAAGGUUUGCUGCUGAAGGCUUGUGGACUGUGGACUGUUUGUCGAAAUGCUUAGGAUUUAUUACACUGUGAACGAAAGUGGAGACACUGAAGGCAGCCAUUGUUGUGUCUUCUGGACGGUUUGAAGGACCUUUUAAUUCCACUCCGCUCACCACCCAACACGCCUGUCCAAAGUCAGCGACGCCUCCAGUGGAGCAGGGCAGCAGAGAAAGAGGGUGAUGCCUCAUGUACCAUGCCUUAUGUUUGGUUUUUAAGAUCAAUGUUUCGACCAUUCCAGCGACAGAACAGAUGGUCAGCUCUCUGAAGUGUUUCUUUGUUUGGUUUUAAAACAACACACUGCACAAUGAUUUUAUUUUCUGCACUCAAAUUAGAAUAAGUCCGUUCAUUUGGGGACAGUGACCACUGCUUUAUAUCAGUGUGACAAAACAUUGAUUCAUUUAUCUUAUUUUCUACUGCUUUGUUUUUGAUUAAUUUCCCAACACUGUGUAUUUUAACGGAAAGAAAGACAUUUUUAUAAAUUGUCUGCACAGUUCGCAGUUGACUGAACUGAUCCAGUUUUUUGUUUGGCACAAAAUGAUGGUUAAAUAAUAGAAUUAGAUAUUUGAUUAAUUAUUCGUUUUAUCUACGCGUGAGAAACAAAUGUAGCAUGCAGAUUUUGAAGAAAAACUUCACCUCAAGUGAAUUUCGGCAUGAAGGGACUCACCACUUGCAGUUUGGGAUCAUCUGGACAAGAUUGUCGGUAGGUGUCGUCUCACCUGAUGGGGACUCCGUGCAGCAGGAGAGUCACUUUGUAGCCUUCGGUCCGUCGUCGCUGUAGGGCCAGAUUCAUGUUGAUGGGCAAUACUUGGAUAUAAGCAGAAAUCAAAUUGAAAAGGUCACUCAUUUUGUUUUGUUUUUCUAGGAGCAAACGUUUGUUGUGAGGUUAUUGUACUAUGGUGUGGAUUUUACUGAACUUGUGUACGACUUGAUGAAGCCUUGUGAGGUGAAAGACUUAUUUUAUAAAGAAAUUCUUGAGGGAA